UCAAGCUUGGAGCACCGCCCAGGCCGCGGGACCGCGCCCCAACCUGGUCGCCGCGCGCGCGCGCGCGGGCGCGCCGGGACCGAAGAACCUUUUUAAGUGGGGGCGGAGGCCGGAUUGCGAUUGCGAUCGCGAUGGCGAACCCGGGCUACCUGCUGUGCUUGUUGGGUUUGCUGCUAUGCGGGCUUGCAAGUCCCGGGAUGACCAGACCCUUCAACCACGGCUCCGAGAGGCCCAUCAUCGGAGUAAUAAUGCAAAAAUGUUUUGGGAAAAUGGCGAAGUUGGGAAAAUACUACAUUGCUGCGUCCUAUGUGAAGUAUAUAGAGUCUGCAGGUGCACGAGUUGUGCCCAUAAGGCUCGAUCUUAGUGAUGCAGAGUAUGAAGGACUUUUUAGAUCUAUUAAUGGAGUUCUCUUUCCUGGAGGAGGUGCUAACCUAACACAUUCAGGUUAUUCUCGAGUGGCCAAAAUAUUUUUCAGCAAGGCUAUAGAGAGCUUUGAUAAUGGAGACCAUUUUCCUGUGUGGGGAACAUGCCUUGGAUUUGAGGAGCUUUCUAUCCUGGUUAGUGGAGAAAACUUACUAACGAGUACAGACACCAAGUCAGAGAAAUUGCCCUUGAACUUCUCUGAAGGGGCAAGGAAGAGCAGAAUGUUCCAACAUUUUCCUACUGAGUUAUUGAAUUCAUUAGCAGUAGAAAACCUGACCGCAAACUUUCACAAAUGGAGCCUCUCUGUGAAGAAUUUUACAGAAAAUGAAAAGUUAAAGAAGUUUUUCAAUAUAUUAACAACCAAUACAGAUGGCAAUACUGAGUUCAUUUCAUCCAUGGAAGGAUUUAAGUAUCCAGUGUAUGCUGUCCAGUGGCAUCCUGAGAAAGCACCAUUUGAGUGGAAGGAUCUGAGCGGUAUUUCUCAUGCACCAAAUGCUGUGAAGACUUCAUUCUACUUAGCAGAAUUUUUAAUUUCUGAAGCUCGGAAAAACAAUCACCACUUUGAGAACAUACUUGAGGAGACUGCAUCCUUGAUUUACCAGUUCUGUCCAGUUUAUACUGGAAAUAUUUCUUCAUUUCAGCAAUCUUAUAUGUUUGACUGAAAUUCUUCAAUAUGGAAACACAGCAACUUUGAGUAAUUCUGUGAUUGAAUUGCUGACACUGCUCAGGGCAGUAUGAGAAAGCCACACAGAUGUCUUUGCUGUGUGCUUGGUUCUGAUUCAUGGCUUAUUACAUGAUUAUCUUUAUCAGAUUUGAUAGCCUGACAAUGAAAAAGAUAAAAAAAAAUCAGUGUUUUUCAUGAAAAUGCCUUCUUAUGUCUGAAGAUUCUAAAAUACAAGUUUUUGAAAAUAUA